UGAUAUCUCUAGAGUUGUCUCUCCUCAAUUGGGAGCAUCCUGCAGACCAUUAUCAUCACAAGGUGAUGGGCAAAAUGGGCCUCUCUUUUGGUCAAUUUUACGAGGCCCAGCACCACCAUCGCUUCCAGAUCCCAUUCAUUCAUAAAUUAUGUUUGGAACAACACUCUCUGGCGUCGUGGGAAAUCCGUUAUGGCGCCAUC